AUGAGGCAACAGUACAUUCCUGUAGAGAAGCCCCCCAGCCUGGAGUACCCUCUGCUGAGUACAUUGUUUAAGCACCUCUUUCUGUGUCUGGCAGAGCCUUCCGUACUAUGUUAUAAAUGUAAGAAAUUUCAUCUUGGGUUAUGCUAUGACAUCAUGGACUCCUGCACCCUGAAGUUCCAGCAGUCCUGUGCCAUCGAGAACAUUUACAUCCUCACAAAAAAAGGGCAGAGUAUAUACUAUUAUUCAAUACUGUCGUGUAUGACCAACUGUGAGGACGUCAACUUCUUGGGUUUUGAGAAGAGGACAGAGCUCCUCUGUUGCGACCAUAGUAACUAUUGCAACCUCCCCGAGGGAUCCUAG